GCACAAUCUCGCCUGCGCACCGAAGGCCAUGGUGCGGGGUGAAUCUAGGUGGCUGGCUUUUGCUUGAGCCCGGUCCGUCGGCUCCUCUUUUUCCAGGCGAGCCGCAGAUCCGCUGCGAAUGGUCGCUGAUGGAAUCUUUGAGGAGUCGUCAGGCCUUGCACGUCCUUCAUCGUCACAGAGAAACAUUCAUCCGCAAAGAGGACUUCCGGGCGAUCCGCGACAUGGGGCUCAACUCAGUGAGGGUGCCCUUUGGCUACUGGAUUGUUCUCGGCCCCGGAGCCGGAGAACCAUACGUGGGGCCAGCUCUCGAUAUUCUGGACCGUGCUGUCGAGUGGGCGGAGGAGUACAACCUUGAGGUGCUGCUAGAUCUGCACGGCUGCCCCGGUGGAGAAAGUCCGGACGCUCCAUGUGGCCGGCGGCAGCGGCCAGAGUCGAACUGGGCAUGGCAACAGUGGCGAAGGGUGGAGACGCUGAAAGCUCUUGAGGUUGUUGCCCAGCGAUACAGCGGCAGGAAAUGUGUGACAGGCAUUGCCGUGUGCAACGAGCCAUCACGUCUGAUUCCCGCAGACAUCCUCGCCAGAUUCUACGACGAGGCAGUUGACGUCAUUCGCAAGGCUGGCAUGACAGACAGGGUCACGGUGGUGCUUCCGGUGUUCCAGCGGUGUCUCCGAACGUUUGAAGCGGUGUGGCGUCAGGUUUCAAAAGGACGACACAGCAACACCUGCUUCGAUGUUCACUACUACCACUGCUUCGAAGACACAUGGAAUCGCAUGACUCUUGCAGAGCACCUCCGGGCCGUUGAAGACCACGGCCGUGAACUCCAAGAGUUUCCUGCCGUGGUUGGAGAGUGGAGCCUUGCGCUUGGCGGCCGUGCUGCCUCAGCGAUGUGUCCGAAAGAGGCCAUGAACCUUUUUGGCAGGGCGCAGCUUCAAGCUUACUCGAAGGCUUCUCGUGGCUGGUUCUUUUGGAACUGGCGUGAUGGAGCCGGCCCUGCUUGGGAUUUUCGCACUUGCUUUCAAGAAGGCCUUCUGGAAGGCACGGCGCCCGCUUUGCCUGCAUGGAACGGCCAGGGCGAGGAUCCCUUGGAAAGGUUGCUGGAGCCAGCUGCAAGCGAAGAUCCUUUUGUUCGUUAUGGCGAUGCCGUCUGCCUGCGCUGCUCAAGUGGCCGGUGUGUAGAUGUCGAGAGGAGCAAGGUCUCGGCGAGAUGGUUCGAGGGCCUGCGUCUCAAGCUGUGCCGGUAA